AUGGCGCCGACGGCAUUCUCGCUUGAGGCUGCUUUACAGUCGCUUCUUGAAGAAGGAUAUUUUAUUCUUGAAGACGCAGGAGUGGGUGGUAUAGUGUCGGAGAUGGAGCAAAGCGGAUUCGACUUCCUGUCACCGUACGGUUUAGAUUAUUGCAAACAACACGUUCUUGACAAUACACGUGUUCGAUCCAUACUCGAAGCCCUGUUCGAGAGAUGCAGCCUUGGACACUGGUUGAGGUAUAUUGAACUACCUGGACAUAUUGAAUGCUUCGGCACGGGUGGAUUUGAAGCCGGAUUACUUGCGCUUGCGGUUCAUCAGUGGCCCAAAGGAUCGACGGUGGUUUGCUGGAGUGGUUCACAUCGAGCGAACAUAAAUACAAAGAUCGGUAAACGAGCCACGUUUGAAACAACUCAAGCUGCACUUCUUGACGCAAACUGUAAACCUAGCGAGAAGAAAUUCCCAGAGGGGGGCUUGAUGAUUCGCGAUCCUCGGCUCUGCAUGGAAAGUCGGAAGGGAUACACGAUUACCUUCAUGUUCGCAACGGAAGAACUGUUUACUAAUUGGCCUAAGAUGCUUCUUUCAGAUUUGCCGGAAUUGAGAGAAAAGGUCGCAAACAUGGAGAGUACCAGGAUCAGUAUGAACUUCGCGUUCCAAGAUCCAGCCGGCAAAGCAAAGACAUAG